AUGGCCCAGACGUCCUGGCCCGUCGGCGAGGCGAGCGCGAACCCCGGGAGCAUCGCGCCGUUCAGCCGGAAGACGUGGCUCCGGGGCUUGAGGGAGGACGCGAAGCGGCGGCUCCCCAUGUACGCGACGGACUGGGCCGACGGCUUCCGGAGCCCGGGGAAGACGCUGGGCGCGUCGGCCUUCCUCUACUUCGCCGUGCUCGCGCCCGCGAUCGCGUUCGGCGGCGCGAUGACCGCGGCGACGUCCGGCGUGCUAGGGCCGCGCGACGUCAUCCUGUCCUGCGGCCUCAGCGGCAUGGCCUACGCGACGCUCGCGGGCCAGCCCAUGACCUUCGUCGCGCCGACGGGCCUGACCCUGGCCUUCAUCGGCGCGCUGUCGUCGUGGACCGUCAAGGCGGGCGUGCCGUUCCUGCCCAUGUACGCGUGGUGCGGCGUCUGGACGAGCUGCUACCUCGCGGUCCUCGCGUCCUUCAACGCGUCGGGUUUGAUCAAGUACUGCACGCGCUUCACGGAGGACGUCUUCAACGCGUUGCUGGCCUUCAACUUCCUCUCGGAGGGCGCGUCGCCGAUCGUGCGGCUCCUCCGGUCCGUGGGCGUCGGCGCCGCGCGGCCCGGCGACGCGCUGCUGGCCAUGAACAGCGCGUUAGCGACGUCCGUCGCCUGCACGUCCCUGGCGGGCGCGCCGCGGACGCGCUUCUUCACGGCCAAGUUCCGGACCUUGAUCGCGGACUUCGGGCCCGCGUUCGUCAUCGUCGCGAUGUCGGCGCUCCUGCGGACGGACGCGAUGACGGGGCUGGGCUCGCUGGCGCGGCUGGAGCUGGGGGCGCCGCGGGCGAAGAUGUUCAGCCUGGUGGAUCUGGGGUCCCUCGCCGUGCGGUACCGCUUAUUGGCCGCGAUACCGGCGCUGUUCCUCGCGACGCUCUUCUUCCUCGACCAGAACAUCACCGUGCGGACCGUGAACUCGCCCCAGAACAAGCUCGCCAAGGAUUCGGCCUACCACCUCGACCUGCUGGCCCUGGCGACGAUCACGCUCGGGUCGUCGCUCCUGGGCCUGCCCUGGAUGUGCUCCGCGACGGUCCAGAGCCUCAACCACGUCCGCGCGAUGUCGAACAUCGCCGCGGCCGAGGAGACGGGCGACGUCGCGUCCGUCGUCGAGACGCGGCUCAGCGGCUUCCUCGUGCACGGCCUCGUGCUCGCGUCGCUGAACGUGGCGCCGCUGCUCAGCCAGGUGCCCCUGGCCGUCGUCUGGGGCGUCUUCCUCUUCCUCGGCCAGAAGGUCAUGUCGGGCAACCAGUUCCUCGGCCGGUCCAAGGCGUUGUUGUUGGACACGAAGCGCCUCGACCCGACGGACACGGUCGAGCGCGCCAUCGUCGAGCUCGGCCGCGGCAAGGUCCUCAAGUUCACCGCGGUGCAGGCCGGGUGCCUCGCGACGCUCUGGCUCCUCAAGCUCAACAAGGCCACGGCCAUGGUCUUCCCCUCGGUCAUCGGCGUGCUCCUCGCCCUCCGCGCCAUCUUCAUCCCGCGCUUCUUCGCCGCGCGGGAGCUCCUCCAGAUGGACACGGAGAUGGACAUUUAA